AUGCAAUUCCUCCCCACUCUAUGGGCUGUUGCUAGCCUUUCCACCCUCGUAGUGGGCGUUCCUACUACUGCUACCCUGAUCGCCAAGAGGGAUGCUUGCAGCCCCGAGCCAGCCGGCGUGACUGGCUACGCGUUCGACGCGACCUCUGCUGAGGGCUUCACCGGCGCGACUUCCUUCGCCGAUGCUGCGAGCGGAGCAGUCACUCCGGAUGGCUACGCUUCCAUCUUUAGCAAUGAGAAGAAAUCCAACAACGCAAAUGACUACCUUGGCUACACCCUGCUGCAAUCCUACGAUGUUGCAGCUUGUGCCGCCUCCUGCACCAACAAGAAGACCUGCCAGGGUUUCAACAUACUCUUUGAGCGGAAUCCCAGCGUGUCCCCCGGCGCUGAAUGCCCGGACCCCGACGGCGUGGCCUAUAUCAAGUGUGUCCUCUGGGGCGGUCCUGUAACCUUGGACAACCUGGUCAACACAGGCUACACCAACCAGCAGUUCCAGGUCGUCAUUGCCGGCUCCAACGGUUAUGUCAAGAAGGGCAUCGUCCCUCCCCCAGGAUACCCCACCCGCCAGUAUUUCGGCUCCGGCGCCAUCAGCGCCAGCUCGUACGUGGUGGGCCAGUCGUACCAGCAAGCCACCCUCGACGCCUCCGCCUGCGCGCAGAAAUGCAACGAGCACACUGCUUGGGCCGCCGGUCAACCUAACGAGCGGCCCUGCAACUUCUUUAACACCUACUACCAGUUCAUCAACGAUGAGAAUGCGCUGGACCAGCUCUUCUGCGUCAUGUACGAUCGCGUUUUGAACGGCAGCGUGGCUACCAACAACGGGCAGUGGAGAGGCAGCGACUGGUACUACAUCGCUAGCAGCUACGGCUUCUCUGCCUGA